CACCAAAGGUGUUCUUACAUGCCUAUAAUUCUCCUUCUAUAAGUUGUACUUUCACUUAAGCAUAACGUACAACUCUUCAUUGCAUGGCUCUCUUUCUCCCAAUUCUCCUCUUCAUGUUCACAACUACAACCAAUGCACAAGGCAACCCACCCUCACCUGGCUACAACCCUAGCUCAAAGAUUGAAACCGUCGCCUUUAAUCAAGCCUAUGAAAGCCUAUGGGGCCCACAGAAUCAACGGUUCGAUGAGGGCUUAGUCACCAUUUGGCUCGAUAAGUCCUCCGGAAGUGGUUUUAAGUCAAAAGGGUCGUACGAAUCGGGCUUUUUUGGGACUGCGGUCAAACUUCACCCUGGUUACACUGCUGGAGUCAUUACAUCAUUUUACCUUUCUAACAACCAGGAUCAUCCCGGGAACCACGAUGAAGUUGAUAUUGAGUUCCUCGGGACGACUCCUGAUAAACCGUACACGUUACAAACGAACGUGUACAUUAGAGGAAGUGGAGAUGGGAACAUCAUAGGACGAGAACAAAAAUUUCAUCUUUGGUUCGAUCCUACCGAGGAUUUUCACGAUUAUGCAAUGUUAUGGACACCAGACGAGAUAAUAUUUUUCGUGGACGAUGUCCCAAUAAGAAGGUACCCAAGGAAAAGCGACGACACAUUUCCUACAAGGCCAAUGUACGUGUAUGGAUCGAUAUGGGAUGCAUCUUCGUGGGCCACUGAAAACGGUAGAUACAAAGCAAACUAUGGGUACCAACCGUUUGUUGGUAGGUAUAGCAACUUCAAGCUCGAAGGUUGUGCCGCGGGUUCAGGACAAUCUUGCAGCCCUCCGUCUGGUUCUCCGUCCAACGACGGAGGGUUGAGCCGCCAGCAAGUUGCGGCAAUGCAUUGGGUUCAAAGGAACUACAAAGUGUAUGAUUAUUGUAGUGACCCAAAAAGAGACCACUCUUUAACACCAGAGUGUUAAAUAUAGGGUUUUGGUUAAAAGGAAUAUAGGUUUGAUAUAUAUGUGUGCAAAAUCAUUUUAUUUGUAUGCGUUUGUGUUUUCCUUUUUUUAUGGUGUGUAGUUUUUGUCACUAUAUGGAAAAAUUAUAUAAAAAAAGUAAGUACAUGAAUGAAAAUAUUAAGUGUUGUGUCUUUA